CCCCAUGUUUUCUUUAUUAAUUUUUAAGUAAACCUUAACCAUACAGAGACAUAUAGUAUAAGACAGUAGUGGCUGCAACAGUAAAAACAGGAAAUGAAAUACCACUAUUGAUCAGAAUAGACGUGGUGGCUUGAACACAUACAUAUAGAGGACAUGGGCUAUCUGGGCAGAAUCCGUGAACAGACUACAAACUCAGUACCAAGUACAAAACAUCUUACCAGGGCAGAUUCAAGGAGGCUCGGUAAAAUGAAAGGAAACUGGAACUGGAGCUGUAACAGUACGUUUCAAAAAGAAGUGUUACCUCCCAUCUACAGUGUGGAGAUGUGUGUGGCGCUGAUGGGGAACAUACUGGCGCUGUGGCUGCUUGUGACUAAGGAGAAGAAGAACUGGCACACAGGAGUGGUGUUCUCCUGCAACCUGGUCAUCAGUGAUAUCUUUUACGCCCUCACUCUGCCCCUUCUUAUCGACAACUAUUCAAGAAAUCGACAGUGGAUAUUUGGUGAUGCUGUCUGCAAAAUAGAGCGCUUUCUCUUCACCUGUAACCUUUACGUCAGCAUUUACUUCAUCAUGUGCAUCAGUGUUAAUAGAUACCUGGCCAUCGUUCAUCCGUUUUUCACACACAAACACAUUCGCCCAAAACACGCCAAGAUCAUCAGUGUGUUUGUCUGGAUCUUUGUGGCAAGCAUUUCAUCUCCACUUCUCUACUUUUCAGGUGUCAAUAGGGACAGAUGUUUCAUAUUUGCAAAUCUAGAUAAAAAAUCAAGCCUAAAGUCUACCUACAGGGUGUUUAUGGUUGUUAUAGGCUGCUUGGUCCCAUUUUUAGUUACUUUUGCAUCAUAUUUUGGUGUUUUGUGGGUGGUUUUUAAAAAUGCAAAUAUCACCUCAUUGGAGAAGAAAAAAGUGGCUCUGAUUGUUGGUUUAGUCUGUGUCCUGUACACUGUGUCUUUUGUCCCCUAUCACAUUCUACAGAUAGUGAGCUUUAAACUGAGAGAAGAAGGCAAGACUAAUUGUUAUGUACGUAAUGGAUACCAAGUGUCAAAGGCAUUAGCUUGCCUGAACAUGUGCCUCCAUCCCAUUUUGUAUAUGGCUGUGUUUGACAGUAUCAGGGCAAUGUGCUGUAGAAGGAGCUCAAAUGUGUCAAACGUACAGAUCACAGUUGGAGAAAACUUUUCAAAGAACCUUGAAUUGAAAUCCAGAGACUGAGAUUGCAAAUUUUUUUCCUGAAAACAUUUGUGUUGAUUUGGAUGUAUGUUUUGGGCCAUUAUCAUGUAGAGUUUCAGAGGAAAAGGGAUCUAAGUUUUGGGCUAAACGUUUCUGUAUUUAGUAAAAUUGAUAAUACACUCAGUAUGCACAAUCUGUUAAACAGCCCCAAAAGUCAAUGUUGCAACUCCAUAUUUUAUUUUACAGUGGGUUUGGGGGAUUGUGCUUGUAUGCAUUUGCUAUUGUCAACAAACCUUUAUUUUGGUCUCAUCUAAACUGAUUCCAGUUGUUUAUCCAGGAAUGAGAAGCUCUCAGGAAAAGCUUUUUUGUGCAACUCAUCCAAGCAGUUUCUUGUGUUUAAUAGGUUUGUUUGAAACUCGACAACUCUCUUGUUU